UUUUUUUUUGGAGUUUUUCUCUGUGUUUUCCAAAAUCCCCCCCCUCUUUCAAUGGAGAGGCUUAUCUCUUCUCCUCCUUCCUCCUCCUCUUUCAUUCCAAAACCUCGCUUGCUCUUCCCUCCCUCUCCCUUCCCUUCUUCAAGAAGACCCAAUCUCUCUCCCCUCCCUUUCAAGCCCAUCUCUGCUUCCCUCUCCUCCAAGCAAGAGGGCCCACCUCCAGUUUUCUUCUUACAGGAGAACAGAUCCGGGGCUUACCCAUGUGCCCAAUUGGCCAAAGCAGCAGAUUCUGCUGCUCCCUUAAUUCAAAAGGUUGCUACUUCUGCUGUAUUUGUUCUCCUUUCAGCACUACUUGUGACAGCAAUACAGCCGAUUUUAGUCCAACCAGCAUAUGCAACGACAAUCCAAGCUGCAACCAGCACUGGUGGAAAACUAAUUAAAUCUGAGUUACUAAGCAGUGCCUGGACUGGUUUUUUCGCCGGUUGUCUCCACACAUUAUCGGGCCCGGAUCAUCUUGCCGCCCUCGCUCCUUUAUCCAUCGGCCGAACAAGGGUAGAGAGUGCUGUCGUCGGAGCCCUUUGGGGUUGUGGCCACGAUGCAGGCCAAGUGAUUUUUGGACUUCUAUUCUUGCUAUUAAAAGAUAGUCUACACAUUGAAGUCAUUAGAACUUGGGGAACGAGGGUUGUUGGUUUAACUCUACUUGUAAUUGGAGCCAUGGGGAUUAAAGAAGCUUCAGAGGUUCCUACUCCUUGUGUUGCUUUAGAGAAUGGGGAAUGUGAUGCGAGCAUAGAUGAGCCUUUAACUUAUGUGCCAAGUGGAAAGAAAAAGAUUGGGUUCGCAACUUUUGCGACGGGCAUUGUGCACGGUCUUCAGCCUGAUGCCCUUAUGAUGGUUUUGCCGGCGCUCGCCCUACCUUCGCGCUUAGCUGGUGCUGCUUUCUUAGGUAUGUUUCUUGUUGGUACUGUUCUUGCUAUGGGAAGUUAUACGGUUUUUAUAGGUUCUUGUAGCCAAGCUUUGAAAGAAAGAGUUCCUAGGAUAACAGAAAAGCUGACAUGGGCUGCUUCAAUUUUAGCGAUUUCCAUGGGAGUGGCCAUUCUUAUUAGCCAAUUCUUUGGUUUUAGCUUGUAUUGAUUUGAAAUCUAAUUGUCAUUCUUUUCUUGUCCUAUGAGAUUCACAAAAUUCUCCAUGAAGAGUUCUUAGUAAAAUUCUCCAUGAAGAGUUCUUAGCUCUUUACAUACGAUAGAAUAGUGCCUUCCUUUUUUCUCAAACGCAAGAACUAUGUUAAAGUCAUUUAUGCUGUACUGCCUUUGAUAUCACAGAAUUUGGCAUUGUAUAUGAAUUUGGCGUCUAACGAUACGACUUGGCUUUGAAUUUUCAUGAGUAAAUUAUGGAAUAGCUUGCCCAUUUUGUUUGAAA